CCAGAAACUGGUAUCGUAUCAUCCACAGAAAUUCCCUUUCAAAGAGCCUUUAUGAAUUACCAGAAAUUCAAACAAAAAACAUGGAGUUUUAUUAUGAAUCCGUCCAAAUUAAUCCACCCCAAUCCAAAAAUAGCAGCAUUAACCACGCUUAUUAACAAGUGGCUCAUACACUGUUCUUCCUUCAUCUCCUUCAUCUCCUUCUCUCUUUCUCUCUCCUUAACACAGAAAUGGCCAUUGUUGAGCUCUUGGUAACGGCGACGAAGUUCGCCGGAGUACUAGUAUCGUUAACAUUUGCAGCCAAUGCUUUCUCUUUCUCUCGGUUUCGCAAGAAGAGUCUCCUCCCUUUCAAUUCCCCUAUUGAUGAGUCUGCUGAUAAUCUUGCUGUUUUCAACGUUAAUCCGGAAGACGGGGAACCUGAGUUCUUCUUUGGGUUGGCAACAGCACCAGCUCAUGUAGAGGAUAAGCUCAAUGAUGCUUGGCUUCAAUUUGCAGAAGAAAAGGUUGAUGAAGAAUCUGAAGCUGCACUGCAGCAACCGGCUGAUGCUCUUAUAGCUUCAGCUGCAGGAGAUGGUGGGUCUCAACCAGCUGUACCUGCAGAAGCUAAGGAUAAAUCGAAGAAAAAGAAAACUCUUAAGAUAGCUAUGGAAGCAAUGAUAAGAGGGUUUGAGAAAACAGUUGAAGAAGAAGAAGACGAAGAAGAAGAGCAAGCUCCAGCCAGUGAAUGCAACCGCAAUGUGGCUGCAUGGCACAAUGUUCCGCGCCCGGAGGAGAGACUGAGGUUUUGGUCUGAUCCUGAUACAGAGCUCAAGCUUGCGAAAAACACCGGUGUCACCGUCUUCCGCAUGGGUGUUGAUUGGACAAGAAUCAUGCCAAACGAGCCAACUGGUGAUCUCAAUGAAGCUGUUAAUUUUGCAGCAUUAGAGAGGUAUAAGUGGAUCAUCCAUAGGGUUCGGUCAUAUGGAAUGAAGGUGAUGCUGACCCUGUUCCACCAUUCACUUCCUCCAUGGGCUGGAGAGUAUGGAGGGUGGAAAUUGGAGAGAACUGUUGAUUACUUCAUGCAUUUUACUAGGGUUGUUGUUGACAGUGUUUCAGAUGUGGUAGACUACUGGGUAACAUUUAAUGAGCCUCAUGUCUUUUGUAUGUUGACAUACUGUGCUGGUGCUUGGCCUGGCGGUAAUCCUGACAUGUUGGAGGCGGCAACUUCUGCUCUACCAACUGGUGUAUACAAUCAAACCAUGGACUGGAUUGCCAUUGCACACUCAAAAGCAUAUGAUUACAUCCAUGAACACAGCAAAUUAUCAAAGCCACUUGUUGGUGUUGCUCAUCAUGUCUCAUUUAUGCGACCCUAUGGCCUCUUUGAUAUUGCUGCUGUCACAAUCGCCAACUCCAUGACUCUUUACCCCUUUAUGGACAGCAUAUCUAAGAAGAUGGACUAUGUUGGGUUAAAUUAUUAUGGGCAGGAAGCUGUAUGUGGUGCUGGACUAAAGCUAGUAGAGACAGAUGAAUACAGUGAGUCUGGACGAGGGGUCUAUCCUGAUGGCUUGUUCCGUAUGCUUCUUCAGUUCCAUGAGAGAUACAAGCAUUUAAACAUACCGUUUAUUAUUACUGAAAAUGGGGUCGCUGACGAAACUGACUUAAUCAGAAGGCCAUAUAUACUGGAGCACUUACUCGCUAUUUAUGGUGCCAUGAUUAUGGGUAUCCCUAUAAUUGGUUAUUUCUUUUGGACAAUUUCUGACAACUGGGAAUGGGCGGAUGGAUAUGGACCUAAGUUUGGACUUGUAUCGGUUGACCGUGCCAAUAAUCUGGCCCGGGUCCCACGCCCCUCUUACCAUUUGUUUUCCAAAGUCGCAACUACAGGAAUAGUCUCCCGUCAAGACAGGGAGAAAGCAUGGUAUGAACUGCGUAGAGCUGCUAAAGGAAAAAAAACUAGGCCCUUCUAUCGAGCGAUGGACAAAAAUGGUUUAAUGUAUGCAGGGGGUCUUGAUGAACCUGUAUGGCGCCCUUACGCUGACCGAGAUUGGCGAUUUGGACACUAUGAGAUGGAAGGACUGCAGGAUCCACUAAGUCGCUUCUUAAGGUUUAUUCGCCGACCUCUCAAACCCAGAAGAUUAUCAGAUCAUGAAGAUGACGAUGUUGAAUUGGCCUUAUUGCCUCUGGGGUCAACCCCUUGAUUGGAAAUUUCUGGUAUAAGUAUCAUCCUCAGAAUUUUCUGCUGAGGAACAUUCUUCUGAUAACAGCAAGAAGGCAUAUUCUUGAAAUAGCAAGGCGAUGGCCAAGGAAUCUCUCUGAUGUUUAUAUAAUUGAGAGAAAGCUCUUCAUUAUUUGGUCUUAAGCGUCAGCUGGUUGUCAGUGUAAUCAAAUCCAUUUCAAUAAGAUCAAGUGCAUAUUGAUAUGCAAAUUUGUAAGUCCUCAAAUAUUUAAAAAUUUGUAUAACCAUUACAAUUAGAUCCUAGGUGCAUAUUGAUUUGGAUCUGUAAUUUCCUGAAAUUUCUCUGUAGUCAAAUAAAAAUGUAAUGUACCUUAAUAUCUAUUAAUUUAAUGCAUACAUGUUAUUGGUAUUCAA